AUGAGUUCAAGGACCAAGACAGUCAACAACAAUAACACAUGGGAUCUGGAUGCCAUGUUAUCUCAGGAAAUCCAAGACCUGAAUAGAGAUACCCCCGAGGAUAGAAGGGUGAAGGAGGCUAUCAUUGUCCAAAAACCUGACCCUAAUCAGAUUGAUCCUGAAGACGACAGCUCUUCUUCGUCUGACGAGGAAGGUAGUAGUGCUGGCGGCAGCUCGAAAAAGAACCGUUACUUUUACAACGAUGAAGAAGACUACGAAGAUGACCUCGCUAUACGCGACCCUGAAUUAUUCAAGAUUACCGAGAGCAACCGACAAAUCCACAUUGACGAUAGCAGUACACCACCCUCGCCAUCUCAGCACACCAAGCACAAGUUGGUGCGUAGACCACCAGAGCUCGUUUUCUCGGAUCCACCUAUUCUCAUCGCUAGAGACGAUUAUAUCGAAGUGACAUUCUACUAUGGUACAUCUGAGGAGAGGAAGGCUAUCAGGCCAAAGCGUUACAUGAUGAUGUGUGAUUUCGGAGAAGAAAGCAUGUAUGCCCUCAAAUGGGGGAUUGGUACCUUGUUACGUAGUGGUGAUGAGCUUCAUGUGGCUAGUACGAUUAGCAUCGAUGAGGAUGUAGAGGACAUGGAUGACGACGAAAAGUAUCGCCUAUGGGCUGAACUGGACCGUAAAUCAAAGACCAUGAUUUCUCGAGUGAGAACCAUCAUGGACGAAAUGUUGCUCUACAACAUCAAGAUUGUUGUUUACUCGUUGGCUGGUAAGACCAGGGAAUCGCUAUUGAAUCUGAUAUAUUCUACUCCAAAAUUGACCAUGGUUGUCUGUGGUUCUCGAGAUCGAGGUGCAAUCAAGGGCAUGCUCAUGGGCAGUGUCUCAACCUUCUUGGUUCACAACUCACCAGUGCCUGUAUCGGUUGUUAGACCACAAAAGAAGGAAAAGAAGAGCAAAAAGCACAAAAAGACAGCAGCACAAAAACUGAGUCAAAGUGUCAUGAAUGGACAUUUAAAGGUGGACGAAGCAGAGCUCACUCUUAAUAGCUACGAUGGAACAGCAAACUAA